CCCUGACGUCGGUAGUUAUAUAAGAGGGAGUUGUUGUCUUGUUUUGCAGCCCGAAAAUCAGAACAAAGAUGAUGUGGAAGCUCGUUUUUCCUGCCCUUGCGGCGGUCUUCACCCUCGGCUCAGCUGCACUGAUCGGGGGACCGAGAGACAUCGAUGUAAAUGACUCCGGUGUGCAAAAUGCUCUCAACUUCGCCGUCGUCCAACACAACAGAGGCACCAACGAUAUGUUUGUUAGCCAAGUGGCAGAGGUGAUCAAGGCUCAGAGUCAGGUGGUUGCUGGCAUUAAGUAUAUCAUAACUGUGAGAAUGGGAAGGACCGACUGCAGAAAGGACAGUGGGAAUCAACAGUGCACCAUCCACCAAGGGAAUGAGAAGGCUCGGUUGUACCAGUGCACCUUCACAGUGUGGAGCCGCCCAUGGCUUCGUGAUGGCAUCCAAUUGCUGGAUGAGAAAUGUCAGUGAUUGCUUUGUUUGCUGUUUGGAUUAACUGCAAAAGAAUGAAAGUUGCCACGUCCUGCUAUGCUGAAUGAAAUAGUUCAAACUACGCUGUGCAGUUCAUCAAUGUAGAGAAAACUGUACAUUAAUUUUUCACAGGAAGUAUUAGCACAAACUUCUUUUUUAAUACUUAAUCAUUGAACCUUGCAACUAACAAAUAACUCUGUACUGCAUUUGAACUACAUGCUGCUGUAAAAGUGAAAUUAAAUGACUUAAGCAGUG